GGAACUGCAAGCCGUCUUAACCAACAACCAGUCGCAAAUCCAAGGAGCGAAGACGUUGAUCUACUCUUAACCUGCUGUCUCAAUGUGGGAUCGGCCAACCACCAGCAAGGGAGGGCAUACAUCAAGGACCAUUGACCCGUUCCCAGUGCCAACAGACUACGAAGAACGACUCUAUCCCGAUUUCUUUGCCGAAAAGGAUGGCCUUCCCUUUGCCGUGCUUGAAGUCAAGUCUCCAGAUGCUGAUCCGGAUGAUUGUGACGUAGAUGUCAGAAAGGUAAUCCUUCUCAUGAAGUUGAGUCUUAACUGCCUACUUGAAGCCGGCGUGAAGGACCCUGUCGUUCUAGGGAUGCUUGUUCAAGAUCGACGGUGUGAAGUGUUCUCGAUGGACAUUACCUAUGAGGCAAUUUAUAUACCGAAGGCCCUAGGAAUGUUCGGAAUCCCUGAGAACAAGCUCCAGUUACCCUUACUGCUGCAUGCACUGGGUCCUUUGACAGCUGCCAGGGAGAUCGCCUCCAACACUCUUGCCAAGAUCACUGGUCGUCCACGCCGGGCUCAAGUGGAGAAGAGCUUGUUGACACGUCCAUCAUUCUAUCUACAAGGAGUCAAAAUCCCUGAACCGUUACCUCCAGCUGUGGUACUCUAAUAGUGCCUAUGUUCCCAUGAUGUCAUUGACCUUGGCUACUUGCAGGGUGCUGCAUUGGGCCUACACGAUAGAAUUGCACCCUCACUUUGCCCAAUCUUUGAGCACUGUCAAUAAUU